GACGAAACAGAAUGGACAUUCCCAAGGAGCUGGUGCCGCUGCUCAGCUGCAACCUGUGCGGUCUGUUCUAUGCCGCACAGGGCGGACGUGUGCCCAAGAUGCUCAGCUGCCAGCACUGCUACUGCAAGGAUUGCCUGGACAAUGAGCUGCUGUGGCCGGCAGGGCCCUCAGGUGGUGCACAGUGGGCCUGCGGCAAGUGCGGAGUGCGGACCAAAGUGGAGCCGGAGUUGCUGCCCGAACCGGAGCCGAUCAUGUAUUUGAUACGCAAUCUGCGGGCCCUGAAGUUGGGCCAAGUUAUGAUGGCGAUGCAAGAGGGACACAGCCGCACGACACCUCUGACAGUUGAUGUUGGAGCCGCUGCAACUGCACACACAUCCUGGCUGGAUGAUGUCGGUGUGAGCCGUUUUUUGUCCAACAGCAGCGAGCAGUGCCUGACCCAUGGACGGCCCAACACCACGUGGUGCCACAACUGUCGACACCUGAUGUGCAUCGCCUGCUCCGAACUGGCGGCACACUUCCAGCAUCAGCUAACCCACCAUCCGAACCUGCGCGAACUGGUCCACCAGUUGCUCUGCAAUGAGAUGGACAAGGUCAAGCGGGCAUACAAGGACGCCGAUGCUCUGGCCGGCCACGAUAUGGCCAUGCUUCGGGAUCUCUUUGACGCCUGCCACCAGCUGCAGAAUCAUGUGCGGAGGGAGAUGGUGAUGCACAAGCCCAGCACGACGUCCUUCCACAUGAGGGAGUGGUGGGUGCGCUCCGAUACGCUGCUCAAUCACCUGUCGAGGGAGGGUGCACUCGGUGCCUACGAGCUGCAUCAACUGCUGAGCCGUGCCUCCGUGCAGGUGAAGCUAUGCCGCAAGCAGCUCUUGCAAAUGCGCUUCCAGUCUCAGCUGCGCGCCAUCAUACAGGAGAAUGGAAUGCAGGUGCUGACCUUUCAGCAGCUCAACGAUCGCCUGUUGGAUCUACAGCGGUGCCGUAGUCCGCCGCAGGAUAUAGCCGGAGCAGGAGCAGGAGCUGCAGGUGCAGUGGCGCCAGCGUUGAUGCUGACCAACUACUGCAUCUACACGUACUGGCAACAGAUGCAGCAAGAGGUGAUGCAGCGCCCCCAAGAACAAUCUCCCUUGCUGCCAAUGAGUAGCCUGUGGCAGAUGGAGCCUCUGAAGCAGGCUCCCGCGGCCAACCUCAACUUUCCUCAUCCGGCAGCUCAGCUCUUCAACAAUGACUACAAUCGCCUGAAUUUGGGGCUGCUGCUUGGACAGAACAACGCUCAGGCACAGCCACAGUCGCUUGGGUCCUCCGUGGUGCAACAGCAUGGGCAGGGGCAGGGGCAGGGGCAUGGGCACAGCCAGGCGACAGUCGGAUUGGUAAGCAUUGGGCGGUUGCCCUCAGUACACUGUUAUCCCAUAUAUUAUAUGGACAUGGAAAUAGCAGGGCAGCUGGUCGGGCGAGUACUAAUCGAAGUGAACACGGAUGCUGCGCCCCGGAUGGCCGAGAACUUUGGCUCGCUGAUGCGGCAGGAUCGCGGCUUUGGCUAUCGGGGAUGCGUCGUGUUUCAGGCCUGGGGCACUGAGAGCAUCAUCACGGGCGACUUUGAGUCGCAGAACGGUCGCGGCGGGCAUGCCGCCUUCGAGGAGCGUUUCUUUAUGCCGGACAACACAGGACUCGCGUGCAACCGGGGAGCGGUUGGCAUGCGGCGAAGUCAGAGGCGACACGACCAUUACGGACUCGUCGGCAGCCAGUUCCGGGUGCUGCUCAACGAACACCAGACCUUUACGGCCAUAUUUGGCUACAUCAUCGAUGGCAUCGAAAUGAUUGACCGAAUCGCUGCCACUGGCAACCCGCUCGGACGUCCUGGCAUGCGAUCCAUCAUCAAAGCCUGCGGCGUGUACCGUCCAGAAGGAAAUAAGAAACGACCGGACCAAUCCUUUGCCCCAUGAGCAGCCCCACUACACGGAUCUGCUAUAUACAAUUUUUGAGAUGCUUCGUUAAAUAUAUAAUUCACGAUAUAUGCUAGGAUGUAAGACGCUCCCGUUUUUGAGAAUGAAAUCUCUUUGAUGUCCGUUUUUUUAUUACAAUAUUGUCAUACUAUGAUAUUGUUCUUUUGAUAAAAAUAGAACGAAACAGGAAAACGAAAAAAAAACAACAGCCAAAUUGUCAAAAAACAAAAUAAGACUUGCGAAACUUUUAGAAAUAUUUUACAAAACGAAAUAAUACCAAACCAGAGUUAGAGAGCGAUAGAGAGAGAGAGAGAGAGGAUAAGAGAUAAUUAAGAGCAACAUUUGGAGGCUGUUUAAAAUAAUAACAAAUAAUUAUCUAUGAUUUUUCUUCUAUGAAUAUAAAAGUCGCUUGGGAAAUGUUAAACGAAAUUCGUGAAAAAGUCGAACUGGAAAUUGUUUGGUACACAAUUUUACUAGAUUUAAGUUGAAUAUAAGACACUUUGCAGGUGUUUGAAGCGCUACGACGUUACCUGCCCAUAAAUUAAUUACAAUAAGCAAAAAAGAGACGCGUAGGUAUAAGGUACAUAUAUCAGAAUAACGCAUGACGCAUAAAUACACGCAAAAGAAAUCUCAUAGAUAUCAAGAAAAUUGUGUGGAAUAUCAGACGAUAAAUCAACAGCAAAAUGCCCUUUAAUUACACUAUGUUUUCAGUUAAACAUCGAACAUUUAAUUAAAGUCUCGCAGCCACAUACAAAAUAUCCUUCCCAUAUACGACCUUAAUCCCACACUACACUACCUUCUAGAAAUUCUGUAUGUACGUCUCUGUCGAUAUUGAAAACUAAUCAAUAAGAACCUCUGUGUAAAAACUGGAGAUAGGUGAAAUCUUUCGUAGAUAUAACUAUAACUAUAUUUACAGAAGAUUUAUCCAUUUAAAACAGCAACAAAACCAACAGCGCGCUAAAUCGAUUUACCAUAAGUAAAUAUUUGAUGUCUAUGUAGCCAUGGCAUCUUUUUUUUGUGACCAUUAUAAAGAAAUUGUGUGUGAUUAACAGGAGAUAUACUAGCACUAGAUAUACAUUCUAAAAUCGUUCUAUAUCAUUAACAUGGAACAAGUGAUUUCACUUAAAGCAAACUUAAAUCGAAGGAUCAAUUGAAGUUUCGAAGUUUUAGGCUUUGAUAUUAGUACUUAAGUAAAGAUAGCGAAAUGUUUGAGUUAGGUUUAGGCUGACUUCGAUUUACAAUUUGAUUUUU